AUGUAUAAAAAGGAUAGUUUUAUAGAUCUAACUCCUAUUUCUUAAAGAUAAUCAACACAUUUAAAUAAAAACAAACCUUUCUGUCCUUCUUUGUUUUUAAAUCAAAUUGAUAGUUAACCAAAAAAAUUAGAAAUAGAAAUUGAAAAUAGAGAAAAAGUCUUAGAAUUAGAAAUACCAGAAGAUAUUAUCCUUCCAAAAACUGUUAGAAGAAGAUGUGCUAUUGGAAAUGGAUUAUCACCAUAAAAAAUCAAUCAAAUUUUGCCUAUUAUUCCUAGUCUCUCAUUACAUUUAAAUCAAAAUAAAAAGAAUAUGGAUGAUAUCUUUCAAUUUUAAGAAAUGUAAACAUAAAGACAAUAGACAGAAAUGGAGAAUAUAAAUAAAAAAAUUAAAUCAAUCAUCAAUAGUAAUAAAAGAUAAGUUACUUUUUAAACUUCUCAUGUUAUUAUUGAUGAAUUUGACAAUUGUUAAGUUGUUCAAGAAUUACCAACUUUAAGACAUUGUGUUCCAAAAAGAAGAACUCAUCUUAAAUAGUUGACAACAGAAAUUUGA